AAGGACUAAAAAGUAAAGUCUCUUUGCGUGCGCGCCAGUCAGAGAAGAAGAAAACAGUAAACUCGCUGAGUCUGACACAGCCUGAAGAAAGGCAAGAGAAAGGAGCUCUCCAAGUUCAAACAAAAUCGGGCAUUUGUCUUAAAGUCGGUGGCAAGCUAGCUAGGGUUCCGAAAGGAAAGAGGAAAAGCAAAAAAAUGGAGAAAGGAGGGGAAGAGCAUGGGUAUUCAUAUUCGUAUUACAGGAGACAAGAGCGCAUUGCAUUGGUAGUCAUUAUAGUGCUUGCUUCAGUGGCUGUUGCUUCGCUUUUAGUGGCUUUUAGCUACUAUUGUUAUAUUCGUAACAAGGUCCUCUCUAAGCGCUCCAAAUCCUACUCUACUAGGAUUGGUUCGAAGGACAAAGCUUGCAAUGCCGAUCUUGAAGUUGCUAUGGAUGAAGGGCUUCAUGUCUUUACUUUUAAGCAGUUACAUUCGGCUACUGGUGGUUUCAGCAAGUCUAAUGUGGUUGGCCAUGGUGGAUUCGGGUCUGUAUACAGGGGAGUGCUUAGUAAUGGCAGGAAAGUUGCUGUGAAAUUGAUGGAUCAGGAAGGAAAGCAAGGGGAAGAAGAAUUUGAAAUGGAGGUGGAACUGCUGAGACGGCUACGUUCUCCAUAUUUGCUGGCUUUGAUUGGUUAUUGCUCGGAUAGCAGUCGUAAAUUGCUUGUUUAUGAGUUUAUGGCGAAUGGUGGUCUGCAGGAACAUCUGUAUCCCAUUAGUGGUUCUGACAAUAUGAACUUUAAUCUGGACUGGGAAACCAGGUUGAGAAUAGCACUGGAAGCUGCUAAGGGAUUGGAAUAUCUCCAUGAACAUGUUAGCCCUCCAGUGAUUCACAGAGAUUUUAAGAGCAGUAACAUACUUUUGGACAAAAAUUUUCAUGCCAAAGUUUCUGAUUUUGGAUUAGCCAAGCUUGGAUCAGACAAAGCUGGUGGACAUGUUUCAACUCGAGUAUUGGGCACCCAGGGAUAUGUUGCUCCUGAAUAUGCUUUAACUGGACAUCUAACUACAAAAUCAGAUGUGUAUAGUUAUGGUGUUGUUCUUUUGGAGUUGCUUACAGGACGAGUACCGGUUGAUUUGAAGAGACCUCCUGGGGAAGCUGUUCUUGUAUCAUGGGCUUUACCUCAGUUAACAGAUAGGGAAAAGGUUGUCGGGAUAAUGGAUCCAGCACUGGAAGGUCAAUACUCGAUGAAAGAUGUUAUUCAGGUUGCAGCCAUUGCUGCAAUGUGUGUGCAACCAGAAGCUGACUACAGACCAUUAAUGGCAGAUGUUGUGCAGUCACUGGUUCCACUGGUGAAAACUCACCGAUCAGCAACCAAGGUUGGUAGCAGCUGAAGCUUCCAUUACCGCAAAGUUUCCUUCAUCACGAGAUCCAUUCACCGGAAAGUAGGUUUAUCGAGAAUAAUCAAAACCAAAAUGCCAAUGGCGGUAGCUGAACUUAGGGUUAUUGCUCUCGGACAACUGCUUAGAGAUGAAAAGGUGUAGACUGCUAGAAUAUUAUUAGGUCUAAUGGGUAGAAAGCCCCUAACAAAGAUGUGUACUACGUGUUUGAUCAACAAUAUUCAAUCAAUAUUAUUAAU